GUCUCCCCGGGACAGUACAGAGUGUCCGCUAACCGGACAGCAGCAGAGGUUCAGGAUCAGGGGAGGACUGCCCGCUUAUUUCCAAGAGGGAAAUUAGCUGCUAUGUUGGUCUGAAGUAACUACGCGCUGACAAGUCUGUGAAUCCGGAUUCAGAGCCACACUGGAACUUUUCAUUCAUUCAACAGCAGAGAAAGUUUUCCCAGAUGGAAGUUGAAUGUCUCGCAUUGAAAGACCUCACAAGUCCAAGGAAAAGUUUCUCAGAGGGGUCGGAGGAGAAUGGAGGCCAGAGUGAACAAAAGGAGAACAUCUGCACAGAAAGGAGGAGAUCCACGCCAUUGAAAUAUGUAGAGUCCCCUACCCCUGCUUUGCUGGCAAACAGAAAAGGUGCCACCCCUGACCUGGCCCACAUCACCCCCAUCAAACACACGGUCCUGGCAGAGCCCUGGACUCCCACGGCCAAUCUGAAGAUUCUAAUCAGUGCGGCAAGUCCGGACAUCAGAGACAGAGAGAUGAAGAAGGUGCUGUUUAGACCCAUAGAGAAUGAGAAGGACAAGCCAGCAAGUCCAGAUACUGUGACGGAGGAUACGGAGGUGGAAGACUCUUGUCAGUUUGAAGCUGUGGACGAAGAGGAUGAGGCAGAGAAAAAGCCGAGCAGGAAGCAGAAGAGUCUGGGUCUGCUGUGCCAAAAGUUCCUGGCCCUCUACCCUGAUUACCCGCCGCCACACAACCCCAUCUGGAUCUCACUGGACGAGGUGGCAACCAGUCUGGGAGUGGAGCGGCGGCGUAUCUACGACAUCGUCAACGUGCUGGAGUCUCUAACGAUUGUCGGCCGUAUAGCUAAAAACAGCUACACCUGGCAUGGACGCCAGCGGCUGGAGGCCACGCUGGAGGAGCUGCAACGAAUGGGCCGGCAGCAGGGCUACCACCUGCAGAUGGAGCUGGCUGCCGAGGCCAGGCCCGGGCCAGGACGCGAGGAUGACGGAGGGGACGGGGACGCUGGCAACGCUGGUGGCAACAGGAAAGACAAAUCUCUGCGCAUCAUGAGCCAGAAGUUUGUCAUGCUGUUCCUGGUGUCCAAAACUCAGACUGUUACUCUGGACGCAGCAGCAAAGAUCCUCAUCGAGGAGAGCCAGGACUCAUCAAGUCACAGCAAGUACAAAACUAAGGUGCGGCGACUGUACGAUAUCGCCAACGUCCUGACCAGCCUGGGCCUCAUAAAGAAGGUGCACGUCGGCGAGGAGAGGGGCAGGAAGCCGGCCUUCAAGUGGCUCGGCCCGGUCGAAUUCAACAACUCCGGAAACGCUGGAAACACUGUGAAUGUGGCAGCUGUCACUCCACCCGAGGCCACGCAGCCAACGCCGGUCCAGGACGCCAGAAAAGCUAGGAUGGCACGCCACGCCUCCUUCAACAUCACACCGACCUCUGUGGCCGUCCAACGGCAGGUCAGCUCCGCCCCCAGCAGCCCACGACGGGAACCAACGUGUUUGCCAAAUCAGCCUCUGGAUUAUUCCAGAAAGACGACGGGCAACAACGUGGUGUGUCGACUGCAGUUUGGAAACAGCUCUGAUAAUCGUCCCGGUGCAGCGAUGCAGACUCACACCCACAGCAGCAGCAGCCAGCUUCCUCCAUCCACUCCUCAGUCUACCCCACCAGCACCUCCCCUCCACCCCGAGCACCUCUUCACCUCCUCUUCUGCUCCCCACUGCUUGGCCUACCUGCCCAGUCUGUCUCAGCCCUCGCUGGUCAUGCUGUACAGGACGCCAGACAAGUCCGACCAGAUGCCUGAAGGUCAGAGGUCGCCCAGGUUGGAGUCUGAGGAGGGGAGGAAGAGAAAGAGGGAAGAAAGGGAAGAGGAGGAGACAGUGGUGAAAAAGAAGGGAAGAUCUGGGUUAGAGGAAUGUGAUAAGGUGAGAGCUGAACCCCACAGGGAAGCAGGGGAGUGUACACAGACGGGUCCCGCCAGGACCUCUGUGAAUCACCCAGCAGGCCUCUCCAGAGCGGUCGAUGGAAAUCCAGGUGGCAACAACAACAACAACAGCAGCAGCAGCAGCAGUAGUGAGCCCAUCCAGCCAUCACACUACCUCUAUGUACCAAACAAUGCAGGUCUGAACAGCCUCAACUUCUUCCUCCCUGCUGGCCAGCCAUCAGCCAGUUUAGCACUUCCCUCCAGCGGUGUUCCCACACUGGCGGUGCCCUACGUCCUGGUGCCCUCCACCGCCCUCCCCCACUACCCCCUGGUUGCCAGCGGCGUCCAGCAGCAGGCCUCUGACUCCCACACCAAACUCAGCUUCAGUCUGCCCACCGUGUUCACGGUGGGGGCGGCGCCUUACAGCCUGGCAGCAGGAUCAGAGAUCAGCUGGUCGCCGACCCCGUCGCCGUCCACUCCGAAACAAAGUAAGGUGUCCGGGUCAGCGGCAGGCGCUCCACACUCACCCUCAGGACCACGACAGACCUUCACCAUCAAAACACCAGAACCACUGACUCCUAAGGACACCACAGCCUCUGCCUCUAAGGCUUUCUUCCAGACCCCAGGCACUCUGGGAAGUGUAGUCAGUGCUGUGCCAGCUGUCCGAAGAAGAGGCUCUGCACAAAGGAGACUGGAUGUGGGCCACCCACCGACCAGUUAGAGGCGUGAGGAGAUGGAAUAGGUGGCUAAUAUGCUAUUUUUUUAAAAAAAGAAAUUCAGGUGUUGGUCCUAAAAAUGGUUUCAAGCCAUUGGUGCUCAUUUUUUAGUGGAUUAAUACAUAAAUUAAAGAUUUCUUCUGAAAUGCAAGAAUAUAAUUUUUUUAGUAAAAGACUGAGAGUGGAGAUGAAGUCAGAUCUGAAAGAGUCUCACAUUUUGCUAAAGACUGUACUUUUUUUUUGGGACCAAUUGGAGAGUAUGUCGUUCUGUCAUAGUUUCUUAUGUCAACAGUUCAAAUGUGCCUCAUGGUUCAGUUACUGGGCUCCAGAUUUCAGAGCGAAUAAGUGAAGCAGUAUUGUCAGUGUAACAGUGCCCCCCUGUGGUGAGACUCAGCCACUACUGUAUUUUGUAUUUCAGACAUAAGUUUCCCUCUCAGUGAUACGAUCAAGCUACUUAAACCCCCAUCACUUGUGUAUUAUAGCCCAACUGCUAUUUAUAUUUUAGCUAAUAUAUGUUGUGUUACAGGGACAGUAAUGGAACAUUAACUUUUUUUUUUAGCACUAAGCUUUUGAUGAAUGUAUGUCUAAUUUGGAAGUGAUUGUCUUUAGUUGGCCCCUACAGGCUUUGUUACAUUAUCAAGGUAUAACAGGAAACGCAUCAGCUGCUGAUCACAGGUUUACAUCGACAGCAGCAGACAAUCCUCGCUCGGCUCAACUCAGACAUUUACUGUGAGGAGAAUAUCACUAAAAAGCCUUAAAUGUUUACAGCCUGCAGAGUAUCUCAAGGAAAAAAAAAGUUCUUGGACUUCUUGAUGCACAAAAGAUGCACACAUCAGGAAGAGAAGUGUUACCGGUGCCGUGUGUUUGUUUUCGCUGAGAAUUUGCAACCAUAGUGUUUUAUGGUUAAACACCAAACCCUGUAGCUCAAAGGGACAAUGUGACAUGGGACGAUGCUCUCAGGUACUUGAAUACUUGUGAUUUUACCAGAAGUAGAUUCUGGAGAGAUAUCAGAGUACUGUAAAAACAAAUAUGCUUAAUUUAUCCAGGGAAAGCAGACUGAGUUUAUAUGCUGUCUUUUUUUUUUUUUUUUUUUUAGCAACAUCAUACCACGCUCACACAGUCAAACACAUUUGGGAGAUUCCCAGUAUGACCACAAUCUGCUGUUUGCUGGUGCAGCUGUGUGGGGGUGGGGGGGGGUUUGGUGCUCAUCAGCAGGUUUACUCAGGUUGUGCAGGGGUUUGUGUUGACAGGCCUCUGGUAACAGACCCACUAACCCUUCUUCCACACAGCCCACCCAAAAACAUUGGGUGCUUCGUACGGGGGAUCCUUCAGGAGAGCUUAGCAGUGUCACACCAAAGGCUGCUUCAGAUAAUCCACUCUGACCAGUGGGUGUGUGGUUAUUAAUGUACAGUUUUGUGUCUGUAAUUAUUUUUUGUACAUUGUAUUCAUAGUGUCAUUUAAUAUUUUACAUGCAGAAUGUUAAAAUGUAUUGUUUUGGAAAUAAUGAUAAUUGCACUGCUAGCUUCAGUAGCUGUGUCUGAACUUUUACAGGACUUCCUCCUGUUUCCUCUCACUGUCUCUGCUCUCUGUAGUUAUGGGCCAGGUCGGUUUUCUUCUGUACGACUUUCACAAACUUUAAUUAAAACGUAUGAA